UUCCUCAUCCCCACCCUAUUUUUCAAACACAUCCCCCCCCAACGGCUACCUGCACACCAAAACCCCAACCCAUUUAUAUCCAUCCACCCAACACUCUUUCUUCCACAAUUCUCCCAAAAUCAAUGGAUACACCACCAUCACCACCCUACACAAUCACCACCCAACGAUCAGCCCCUGAAAGCCGAACCAAAUCAGCAUCACGUCUGGCCCGAACCAAUACCCAACAACCACCACCAACUCUAUCUCUUGAUCUAGUCUCAUACUCACCCAACAACACUCUCUCUCCAAAGCCCCAAAACCCUCUUUCGGUCCGUGAUCUCCUUCUUCUAUCUCCUUCCCCUGCUGCUAAGAAACCGAAAACCCGACUAGAUGUGUGUGAAGAGGUCUCUGAUCCACACGGGUCUCGUAGACGCUGCAAGAACCGGUUUGCCAAUGUGGGUUCACCUAGAAACAGUAGAAGAUCGAGGAGGCGAGUCGAGGAGAUUCGAGAUGAUAAAGAUUCGAUGUGUGUUGAUGAUUUGGUUGUUGCGAAUAAUAAGGUUAAGAAGAAGAGACAUGGUGGUAGAUCCAAGAAGGAUAAAUCGACUUCUUGUCCUUCGAUUUCGUCCCCCAAGGCAAAUGUGGAUGGCGAAGAUAAUGAUUACGGGUAUGAUUUUCAUCGGAUUGGGACACUGGUUAAUGAUCUGAUCAUGUGGAAUGAUGUAGCAAAAUCAACGCUUUGGUUCGGGUUCGGGUCACUUUGUAUCCUAUCAUCCUGUUUCACAACUGGUGUUAGCUUCAGUAUGCUUUCUUUGGUAUCUCAAUUGGGUCUUCUCUGUUUGUGUGUUUCGUUCAUCUCCAACACGAUUGCGCAAAGGAAUGGGAUUGAAAGCAAGAGAGAACUAAAGCUCAAAGAAGAGGAUAUUCUAAGAGCUGCUAGAGUUAUACUUCCUGCAGUAAAUUUUGCAAUCUCAAAAGCCCGAAAGAUGUUUUCGGGCCAACCAUCCACGACCCUUAAAGUUGCACCAUUGUUGCUUCUUGGAUCCGAAUAUGGUCAUAUUGUAACACUCAAGAGGCUUUGUGCACUUGGAUUCUUUAUCUGCUUUACGGGCCCAAAAGUGUACUCAUUGUACUCAAACCAAAUAUGCAAGAAAGGUGAGUGCCUGAAAACUUGGAUAAUGGAAACAUGGAGUGGUUGUUCUCACAAGAAAAUAGUUGCAGCAUCAGCAGCCACAGCCUUUUGGAAUCUGACUUCCAUUAGAACCCGAAUUUUCGCAGCAUUCAUAUGUUUGGUGAUCUUUAGAUGGUGUAGACAAGAGUUGACAUGGAAAGUGGAAGGUGAAGAGGAAAGUCAACAGCAAGAGAAGACGUUGACUUUGGUUGAAAAUAUGGAAGUUGACUAGAAAAUUGAAUUUGUUUUGUAUCCCGUGUAAAAUGUAAGAUAUCUUAUAUAAUCCUUGUAUGGCUUUCAAAUUAUAUGAAUUACUUUCAUAUAAUUAUUACUUGUCUUACUUGACUUUUAUAACCUGUUAAACUUCAAAAAUUUAUAA